GGCGGGGCUCACGUCCCUGGCUCUUGCGCCUAGUGCGUGUUAGACGUGAGGCCUCACAGUUGAGAGUUCGUACUGGGUUGUUCCCUGGUUGCUGGAACCGGUUCUGAGGCUCCUCAGAUUUCCUCUCCCUUUUCCCUUCCGGGAGCAGGAACGAACUUCGCGUAGGCCUGGUUCUGAACCCGGCCUCUUGCGGAAUGCCGCAGGCACGGAGGGGCGGGCGGUGAGCGCGUGGGUCGCAGCUUCUCGGGAGGCGGCGAAUGUGACGCGAGCUCGCGCCGGUCCCGGGGCGGCGGGGCUGCUAAGCUUACUGUCCAUUCCGCUGCCCCGGCGAUUAUCCGCUCUGAACGUGUGCAGUCUGGUCUCUUUGAAGUCCCUUCAAGUUUACACUCCAGUGGAGCAGUGGCCGCUAGAGAAGCGACUUCAUACAGGGGUGGGGACCUUUAAAGAAAAGUCAAGAGGCCUGUGGCUGCCAGUUUCUGGGGACAGGACUCCUUGUUUGUUCAUAGGGCAGAUGAUCAGUGAAUACUGACGAACUGAUGGAAAACGUUGUCGAUUGCAUUGGGGAGGUAUCUAUGAGUAAAUUGGAGUUUAACAAGGCUGACUGCUAAGUGCUGUAGCAUACAGGAAAUGCAGAGGAUAGAAAGCCAUGCUAAACAAUACCAGAGGAUGCAGUAAACAACAUCCAGACCUUGGGAAAAUUAAUAUACAGCAGGAACAACCAGUUUCCUCAGUAAAUAAGUUGAAAGGGAAAGCAUGAAGAUGGAGUUGGAGAGGGACUGGGAGAUGAAAAACAUCUGUCUACAAUCAUCAUCAUCUUGUGCAGCUAUCGUCUAUCUAUACGCAUAUAUGUAUACAGCACCACAGAACUUCAGUACUGAGUGUGUCUUCUCAACAUGGCCACCGCCAUCUCCCCUCUGCCACUCACCACCGAGGAUGCCAGUUCUGAGAACAGUUCCUUCUAUGACUACUACUACCUAGAUGAGGUGGCUUUCUUGCUCUGCAGGAAGGAUGAUGUCCUGUCCUUUAGUAGAGUCUUCCUGCCAGUCUUCUACAGCCUGAUUUUUGUGUUGGGCCUGACCGGGAACCUCCUCCUUCUCGUGGUCUUACUCCGUUACGUGCCUUGCAGGCGGAUGACUGAGGUCUACCUUCUGAACCUGGCCAUCUCCAACCUCCUGUUUGUGGUGACUUUGCCCUUCUGGGGCAUCUCCGUGGCUUGGCAUUGGGUCUUUGGCAGUUUCUUAUGCAAGAUGAUGAGCACCCUGUAUACCAUUAACUUUUACAGUGGCAUCUUUUUCAUCAGCUGCAUGAGCCUGGACAAGUACCUGGAGAUUGUUCAUGCUCAGCCCCUCCACAGGCUGAGGACUCGGGCCAAAAGUCUGCUGCUUGCUGCCAUAGUGUGGGCCGUGGCCCUGGCCAUCUCCAUCCCUGAUAUGGUCUUUGUGCAGAUACAUGAAAACCCCAAGGGUGUGUGGAACUGCUACGCGGAUUUUGGUGGACACGGGACCAUUUGGAAGCUCUUCCUCCGCUUCCAACAGAAUCUCCUGGGGUUUCUCCUUCCACUUUUGACCAUGAUCUUCUUCUACUCCCGCAUUGGUUGUGUCCUGGUCAAGCUGAAGCCCCCAGGCCAGGGCCGGGCUCUAAGAGUAGCUGCAUCACUAGUACUGGCUUUCUUCUUGCUAUGGUUCCCAUACAACCUCACCUUGUUUCUGCACUCACUGCUGGACCUGCAUAUCUUUGGGGACUGCCAGGUCAGCCACCAUCUGGACUAUGCACUUCAAGUGACAGAGAGCCUUGCCUUUCUUCACUGCUGUUUUACCCCUGUCCUCUAUGCCUUCUCCAGUCGCCGUUUCCGCAGGUACCUGAAGGCUUUCCUGGCUGCUAUGCUCAGGCGGCGUCUGGCACCUGGUACUGCCCAGGCCUCAUUGUCCAACUGUUCUGAGAGCAGCAGGCUUACUAACCAAGAAGAAAUGACUGAUAUGAAAGACCCUGGGGAGAGGCAGACCGAAGGAGCCAUUAACAAGGGGACUGAGGGGAAUAGUUCAGCCUGAGUGGCCAUACCACAGUCUAGAGAGAGAAGAUGACGCUUACUCAGUUGGGCUUCUGCCUGAAGCAAUCCCUCUGAGGAUCUCAGUGACCAUGCUGCUAAACCCAGUGGUCACUUUUUUAUUCCCAACCAUCAGCAUCACCUUCUCGCUCCUUGUUUCUUCCUUCAUUUUCUUCACUAGCUUUCAGGACCACACACUCUCACCUGAAUUGCUGCAGUAGUUUCCCAACUGAUUUCUGUGUUCCAAUCAUCAUGUACUUCUGUUGCUUAAUGUGCCUCCAACAGUCAGAGUGAUCAUGACACUCUUAGCUGUCCUUUCUUCGCCCUCAGAGUAGCAGCUCAAGUCCUUACAGUGCUCCUUAGAGGGCUCUGUGAUCUGUUUCCCAGCCUCUGCCCUCAUCUCCAGCCCACUCCCUCCUGCUCACUCUGCUCUGGACACAUUGGCCUCCAGUGCUGUCUCCAGACAUUCCAGGCAUAUCCCUUUAAGGAGAUUCCUCUGUGCCAUCUUCCUGGAAGAGCUUGGCUCCUUCUCUCACCUCGUCAGCUCUUGACUCAGCUCCCAUUUUCUCUAUCAGAUGUUCACAAUAUUUAAUGCACAAUCUGUUGUUUCUAAUCUUCUUCCCUCGGCUCUCCUUUUUGUUUUUGUUUUUUUCAAUAGCACUUACUACUCUCUCAUAUUCUAUAUAUUUCUCUUAUUUUUAUGUUUAUUGGUUAUUGUCCCUAUUAUGGUUUGGAUUUUCAAUGACCCUAAAGGCUCAUAUCCCUAGUGCAUGGUCCCCAGUGCAGCAAUGUUCAAAGGUAGGUCUUUUAGGAAAUGAUUGGAUCAUGAGGGCUCUGACCUCAUCAGUUGGUUAAUUAAUUGAGGGAUUCAUAAUUUGAAUGGACUUUUGGGAGGUGGCAAAAACUGUAGGAGGUGGGACCUGAUUGAAGGGAGUGGGUCCCUGGUGCCGUGCCCUUGGGGACUAAAUUUUAUCCCUGGUUUAGCCCUUUUUUUUCUCUCUUCUUCUUCCUGGAUGCCAUGGGGAGAGCAGCUUUUCUCCACAACACCCUCUCUACAAUAAUGCUGUGCCUCACCAAGGCCCAGAGUGAUAAACCAUGGACUGAAACCUCUGAACUGUGAACCAAAAUAAACAUUUCUUUCUUUAAGUUUA